AUGAAGGUGGCCGGAGGGUUCGUCUUGUUGAUCCGCGUCUUGGCGGGAUUAUGGCUUACAGCCGAUUGUUCCAAGUUCACCGCCGAUGAACUGCUUUGCUCGAUUUACCCGAAAAAAAUGUCUAAUGAUGUCGAUUUAGACCCCUGCAAAGCCGGUAAUUUUAUGGGCGAUAUAGCCGUGCCGGAUGUAGAGUACACUAACAAAAAAAAAAAGGACAGACAGGCAUAUGCAGAAAAAGUUGAAAAAUACAAAAAAGAAAUCAACGAAGGGUUGCAAAUUGAAGAAGAGGGUAUCGUACCAGGAACGAGUAAGUCAGCUGAUGUAGCACAGAUCAAGAUAAGACACAGGCACAACAACAGGACAAGGAAAAACCACUUGAACAAGAGAAAAAACGAUGAUCAUCGGGAGCAAACUACAGUUCUUGAUAAUUCUCUAACCAGGAACAUUGUCCAUUCGAGGAGACCAGAGCGGCCACCUGCAAGAAAAGAAAGGGUAUGGGAUUUUGGCGUAAUACCUUACGAGAUCGACAGCAGCUUCGGUGGUCCGCACAAAGCGCUGUUCAAACAAGCCAUGCGACAUUGGGAAAAUUUCACGUGCAUUAAAUUCGUCGAACGUAAUCCAGACGAGCAUCCUAAUACAUUGUGUUCACAGAAGACUUGUGGAUGCUGUUCUUUCGUGGGCAAACGUGGCAACGGUCCGCAGGCGAUAUCCAUAGGCAAAAACUGCGACAAGUUUGGCAUUGUCGUGCACGAGCUUGGACAUGUGGUCGGCUUCUGGCACGAACACACCAGGCCGGAUCGUGACAAUCACGUGCAGAUCGUGAGAGAUCACAUCAUAGUCGGACAAGAAUACAAUUUCAAUAAAUUAACCGAAGAAGAAGUAAAUUCAUUGGGCCUUCCAUAUGAUUAUGAUUCCAUCAUGCACUACGCUAAAAACACUUUUUCAAAGGGAUCGUAUUUAGAGACCAUACAUCCGAUUGAUGCGGUAAGAAAUUUGAAGAAACGUCCAGAGAUCGGACAGCGUGUCCGUCUCAGUGAAGGAGACAUAGCCCAGACGAAGCUUUUGUACAAAUGUUACAGAUGUGGCAAGACCUUGCAGGAGAACAGCGGCAUUUUCGGUUAUUCACCCGAACCUGGACAGGAGUACGGAGACAGGUGCGAAUGGCGCAUUACGGCCACCCAUGGCGAGCGUAUCGUGCUAAACAUCACCGAGCUCGACAUACUGAAAUCCGACCAAUGCAACACCGAUUAUUUGGAAAUCCGCGACGGGUACUGGCACAAAUCUCCACUGCUCGGCAGGUUUUGUGGGAGUGUUCGCAUUCAAGACCUCAUCGUGACUGGCAACAGCAGGAUGCUCAUCAGUUUUAUGAUAUCCGACAAAGGUACAAAAUACAAAGGAUUCACGGCGAAUUACGAAGCCGUUUGUGGAGGAGAAGUCAUGGUGACUGACGAACAAGGGCACUUGGAAUCGCCCAAUUUUCCAGACGAUUAUUUACCAAACAAAGAGUGUGUUUGGAAACUUACAGCACCAGAGGGAUACCAAGUCGGAUUGAAAUUUAACGUAUUCGAGACAUUACAUAGUGCUCACUAUCGCGAGCGAUAA